UUUUGGCAUGGCAUAGAUAUACGACAAAUUCAAGUCUUUACACAGUCAAAUUUCAAGUUUAGUGUCCAAGAUCUCUUCAUAAAUGCUAGCUUCACUCACUCUCUUACUCACAGUUUUGUUGUAGAAAACUAAUAUCACUAUGGCACUCAAGAUUUAUGGUCUGGCCAUGUCCACAAACACUACUCGUGCCAUGAUCUGUCUACAUGAAAAAGAAGUAGAUUUUGAGCUUAUUCCAGUCAAUGUGUUUACUUCUGAGCAUAAACAACCUCCUUUUCUCAACAAGAACCCCUUUGGUUUGAUUCCAGUACUUGAAGAUGAUGAUCUCACCCUCUUUGAGUCAAGAGCCAUAACCUCAUAUGUAGCUGAAAAAUACAAGGAAGUUGGACCUGAUUUGAUUAGGCACAAUGACACAAAAGAAGCUUCAUUGGUCAAAAUGUGGACAGAGGUAGAGUCUCACUACUAUGACCCUGCAGUCACACCGAUUAUCUAUGAAUACUUUGUGGCUCCAUUUCAAGGCCAAGAACCAAACAAGUCAGUGAUUGAAAGUAACAUUGAGAAGCUGAAGAUUGUGCUUGAUGUGUAUGAAACCAAGCUAAGCACAACAAAGUACCUUGCAGGGGAUUUUUAUAGUCUUGCUGAUCUUAGCCAUAUAUCUUCAACUCACUAUUUUAUGCAAACCCCUUGUGCUUCAAUGAUCAAUGAAAGGAUUCAUGUUAAGGCUUGGUGGGAAGAUAUAUCUUCUAGGACUGCUUUCCAAAAAGUUGUGGGAGGUAUGACUUUUGGUCAGAGUGAUCAAAAAUGAAAAUGUUGUGAGAUUUAAUUCAAUUGUAGUAUCUAGCUAGUACUAUAAUCCUAGCUGUAUUGGAUGUUCUUGAAAUUUGUUUCAUUUCAAUUACUAGUAUAAGGAAAUCAUGUCAAUCGUUAAAUGUUAUGAGAUUCAUCUAUGAAAUCAUAUCAAUCUAUAAAAUAAU